AAAGCAAAAAAGUAUCUGGCGGUAGACAACAAAGGAAAAAUCUUCGCCACGGAAGCUGAAAGAAAGGAAUGUGUAUUUCGUGAGUUUUUCGGAAAGAACUUUUACAACAUUUUUCGUACGUGCCAUUCCGACACGGACGGCAAAGGGUGGUACCUAUCAGUGGAUGAAAAUGGCAAAGUAAGCGCUGAGAAAGUAUCUUACAGUGACGAGCCGAGACUUCAUUUCAUCGUGAAAACCCUAAAGGAUCAUGAGCUGGAGGAUGGGGAAAAAAGUGAAACAACUUCUAACUCAUUAAACCAACACAACAAGAGAAGGGAUAAGAAAACAAAGAAGGACUUUGGACUUCCUUCGUCCGAAGUCGUGUGGAUCUUACAGGAUCCCUUCCAUUGUGAUGGCUGCAUGUCUGACAUCAUGUCAAGUACACCCAGUCCUCCCAGCUCCUCAUGUAUUUCUGGCAGUUCGGCAUCUACUGGUGAGUGGACUGGAUCAGGUGAUAAUUCGACCUCGGUGUAAGCACCGAACAUAAUAUGGACUUUCGUCGAAUCACAAUAAA